AUGCCGCCCAUAGAGAGGGAUGCCCCUCGAGAGCUCGACAGGGCUUUAAAACACCGACAUUCCGCAUCUGUCGACCAUGGCCGCGCCCUGGUUCCCAUGUGGGACAGCUCCGACCCCGAGCGGGCGCCUCCUCCGCUCCCUCUGAACCCGCAGUCGCCCGUUGUCUCGCGCGCGGGAACGUCGACCACCAUCCAGUCGGCCCAUGCCGCCAUGGCCGAGAAGGCGCGCGAGAGCGCCUUGGUUCCGCAGUUGGCCAAGCGCAUCGACACUUUGCCAGAACGACCCGCACUGCGGAAUUCCACGGCGACUCAUCGCCGCAUGCAAUCUGUCCAGCCUGCCUCGGUGAAGGAUAUAAGCCUGAUGAUCGAGGCCGGCGGUCGUGAUUCGCCCCAGUCCGCACCAAGAUCGCCCGAGAAGCCGGAGCGGCCAAAGACGCCGCAGAGGAGGGACACUCCCGCCCCCGCCGAGUCCAGGGAAGACAAGCAAGAACGGUCGACCGCCGGCACUCCAACUCCCGGGCCGAGCCUGACUCCCAUCAUCCGCCCGACUGUUCGACGGCCGCAUCAGAGCAUCCUGGGUGAGAACACCCCCCCACAGUCGGCCACCAUGCUUGCGCUGCAGAACAUGAGCACCCAGAGCAGCAGCAGCACCCCUGCCGCGAAGGAGCCCGAGACGCCUCUGGCCAACAUCACCAACGGCGCCAAGGCCCUGGUCAAGGUUCCCGAGUCUCUCGAGUCCUUGUCCAGCCAGAUAAUGACCCUCACCGACAUCGCAACCACUCUGCAGAAGGAAAUGACGCUGCUGAGCCGCCGCAGCAGGGACAAUGCCACCGACUUGCUAAGUCUGAAGGAAGCCACAAACGCUCGCGACGAGGACAUUCGAAAGAGCCUCCGGGAACUUAUUAACGACUCCAAGUCACGGCAUUCCGCCCCCAGGGACCCCUAUGGAGGGCCGCUGCUUCUGGAAUCCGGCAGGCACCACCCGUCGUCCCCGACGCAGCUGUCGAAAACGGCUCGUCCGUUUUCUUUGCCGCGAAUACCUUCUCCGAAUAGCUUCACUGGCUCCCUCGACAGAGAGUCGUCGCUGAGCACGCCGUCACUGAUCUCUGACGCCCCGUCGCCCGCUACAGUCGCCCUCCUCGAGAAGAUUAUCCGAGAGAUGGGCACAAAAGAAGGCCAGGAUGCGCUCCUUCAACGCCUCACUGAGCUUGCCGACAAGCUCUGUGGCAUGGCCACGGCGGAGAAGGUUGAGGAGCUCGCCCGGUUCGUCAAGUCCAACCAGCAACAGGCCGUUGUCCCUGCUGCAGGCGCUGGCAGAGGAGGUAGCGGCGGCGGCGGUGGCAUUCGCGACCGCAGUUGGGGCUUUGAUGAUGACAAUGACCGGUCACGACGAGGCGCUCUCGAUUUUCCUCAGGCUGCAAAUUCGGCACCACACACCUCGAGACUACUCCCAGGCCAAGACGGUUCCCAGUCAUCGGCAGCGGCCCCACGAGCCGCCGACGUUCUCAAUGACGAUGUCUUGAAGGCAAUUCGCACCGUCAAGGACAGCGUCGCCCAAGGCGGCGGGCUGACCGCCGAAGUCAAGGCACUCGUAAGGGAGCUCCGCGGCGAGGUGCUGGGGAUGGGACGCGAGAUCGGCCGCAGGCUCGAUGAGGUUGCCGACAAGAGCACCGGCAAGCCCGAGGCGGUUACCAAAGCUGCCAUGACCGAGGUCAUCGAGCAGGGCCUGUCCGAGAUGAGCCAGCAGAUGAACAGCAUCCUCCGGGAACACCGCCGCCAAUCAGCCGCUACGCUGGCAUCCCGCGAGUCCUCGGUUGACUACAAGGAGAUCUACAAUAGCGUGCGGGCCGCGCUCAAGGACGCCCAGGCAACCAAGCCGCGCACACCAGAGCUCCGGAGGGAGGACGUCAUCCAGGCCGUCAAGGAUGCUUGGGAGAAGUAUAAGCCCGAGAUCGAGAUCCAGCAGAUCGGCUUGGAGCGGGACGAGGUCCUUGCCUGCUUGCAGGAGGGCCUCCGCGCCUACGCCCCCCGUGAUGAUCGGCCCGUCGGCGCCACCCGAGACGAGGUCUUCCAAGCCGUCGUCGAGGGUAUGAAACACUAUGUCCCGCCCAAGGUCGAGAUUCCGGCGAGCCUCUCGAGAGACGAGGUCCUCGAAGCCGUUAGGGAGUGCUUGGAGGAGUUCGAGUUUCCCGUCGCCCCGUCCGCCAUGGGCGCCGAGAUUACUCGGGAGGAUAUGUUGGACGCCGUGAAGGAGGGGCUCCAAUCUUUUGACUUUCCGACACCGCCACCUCCGCCUCCGCCACCUCCCGGCUCCGAUCUCACCCGAGACGACGUGCUCGAUGCGGUCAACGAAGGCCUGCAAGCCUUUGACUUCUCCUCUAUCUACUCCAAUGCUCUGGUCCCCCAGUCCGUUUCAAAGGGGGACGUACAAGAUGCUGUCAAGUCCGGGCUGAAGUCCCUCGAUCUCUCCUCUGAUAUCUUGGACGCGGUCAAAGACGGGCUCGACGCGGUUGAUCUCCCGACAAAUGUGGCGCAGGCAGUCAGGCAAGCGCUGCAGACAUUCGACUUCUCAGCUGCCUGCGCGUCCGUCGUCAUUCCCAGACCCGAUCUCUCCCGGGUUGACGUGGCCGAUGCGGUCAAGGAAGGCAUUGAAUGCCUCGACUUGACCAACAGCGUCACGCGCGCCGUAAAGCAGGCACUGCAAGGAUUCGAUCCAACGUCAGCCUUUGCAUCCGCCCUCGUCCCGCGCUCAGAUAUCUCGCGCGUGGAUGUUGCCGAUGCCGUGAGGGAAGGCCUCCAGUCGUUUGACGUGUCAAAGGGCGUCACCGAAGCCGUCAGGAAGGCACUGGAGGCGUUUGACUUAUCUUCGCUCUCUUCUGCUCUUGUGGCUCGGCCAGAUCUCUCGCGAGUUGAUGUCGUUGAAGCGGUCAAGGAGGGUUUUGACACCGCCCAUCUCUCCAAGGAUGUCGCCGAUGCCGUAAAGCGGGCCCUGGAGACGUUCGAUUUUUCGGCUUCCUUACCAGCACCCGUCGCUCACUCAGAUCUGUCCCGCAAUGACGUGCUCGAAGCAGUGAAAGAGGGGCUCGGUUCCUUGGACCUGUCUGCGAGUGUAGGAGAUGUCGUGAAGAAGGAGCUUCAAUCUUUCGAUAUCUCGGCAGCUCAGUCUACAGCUCUGGUUGCACGCUCAGGCAAUGACGACGAGGUUCUACAACGCCUUCACGAGAUCAAGGACCUCCUGCAAGCCGAGAUCAAGGCCGCAUCCCAGAAAGCCCAGGAUGGCAUCGCAGCUAGCGCUCGGGACACUGAGCAGAUCCUCGACGCAACCAAGGACGGCUUCGAGAAGCUGCGCCAAGACAUCGAAGGCUAUGUGGAUCGCGCAAAGGGCGAAGUCGACCCAGAGCAGGUCAUGGACCAAAUCCUUCGCAACCUUGACAGCUUCCGAGAUGAACUGGCCCAGCUUGUUACCCGCUCCUCUGACAGCUCCCGCGCGAUGUUGAAGGAGGAGAUAGAGUCUCUGCGGGAUGCGGUCAACUCAUCGCUAAUUCCCGCCCUGCCUCAGCCAGGCAACAACAAGGAGAUCCUCGAGGCUCUUCACGACGGCCUCCACGCCCUCCGUUCAGAGAUUAGCACGCGGCCAAUUGCCGGUCUGACAGAAAUCCUGGACACGUUGCAGGAGGGGCUUGGUGACAUUCGAACCAGCAUCAACAACCUUCGCGACAAGCCCGCGGAUUUGACAGCCAACGAUGAGAUCCUUGACGCACUCAAGGAGGGCUUGGACAGCGUGCGCACUGAUAUCGACAACCUCCGCGAGGAAACCAAGAAUGACCGGGCCUUGGCCACAAUCAACGACAGCGCGAACGCCGUGGUUCCAGCCGAGCAAGCGCUCAAGCAUGAGGACAUCAAGAACCUCGAGCUCCUGAUUGCUCAGCUUGGCAUCAAGGUCGAAGCCUUGGAGUCCGCCCCGAAACCGGCGGUCACGCCUCUCUCCAAGGCAGACCUGGCUGACAUGGAGGAGACCCUUCGCAACGUUGCCGAUUCUGUCGCCGGGAUCCCUAACCGGGAGCCGUUCGAGUCCUUAGAGGAGAGCCUCCGCAAGAUUCAGGACACCGUGGCCGAGCUGUCGGCCCGGGAACAAGCUGCCCCUCCACCGCCUUCCAGCACUGAUCCGGCGUCGAGGGAGGAUGUCGAAGCGAUUGAGACGAUUCUCCGUAACACGAAGGCUCGUCUCGACGAUCUUAUGGAUGGCGAACAGGCUGUUCGCAAGGAGCACAUCGACACGCUGGAAACGCUCAUCCUCGAGGCUCGGGAGAAUCUUGCUGGUUUGUCCUCUCAUGUGGAUGGCAUAUCACGCAAGGAGCAUAUCGAUGCACUGGAGACAUUGAUCCUCGAGACUCGUGAGGCUCUUGGCGGCUUGGCUUCGCAGGUAGAGAUCCUAUCCCGCAAGGAGGACGUCGCGAUGGUGGAGUCGCUCGUCACUCAAGUCAUCGCUGCUUUCGACGAGAUGAAAGAGCGACACGAGAAGGCCCUGGAGGACCCCGAGAAGGUCACCAAGACGGACGUCGAGGCCGUCGAGGCCAUCUGUCUCGACACCAAGUCGCUCAUCGAGCACAUCCAGAAGGUGGACCUUGCAAGUCUUCCUUCGAAGGAGGACAUUGAGGGGUUGGAGACCCGUCUGGGAGAUGUCAAGGAGCGUCUUGAUACGUACGCCGACGCCAGCACCAAGGCCUUUGAGGAACGGCAGGCCGAAAUCGUCGGCGUGGGCGUGUCCGUGACCGAGCUUAAGGCCACGCUUGAGGAGUUCCGAGCGCUCAUGCGAUCGAAACUUGAGGAUGGCGCGCGGGGCAUCGAUUCCAUCCAUGCCAUUCUCGACGCUCUGACUGACAGCGUUCGGAAGAACGAGAACAUCGGCGACGAUGUAAAGGAAGUCCUCGACACCAUCAAAUUGGAGUCCGAGGACACCAAAACCGGUAUGGUUGGCGUCAAGAUCGAGCUGGAAGAGAAGCUCCAGGUUGCUGCCGACACCCUGCUGGCGAAGCUUGAUGAGCGCAUGGCUGAAUUGAUGACCAAGCACGAAGAGCUCAAGCUUCUCCAAGACGACCAGGCUGCCAAGGGCGAGGCGAGAGAUCUGGGGCUGGAGGCCGCUGUAAACGGCACCAAGGCCGUUGCCGAGGAGCUCAAGUCGCUGGUCGAUACUCUCGGCGCGGCUGUCACGGACUCUAUGGAGAAGAUGGAGGAAGCCUCGAAGACCGUUUUCGAGCGCGUCGAGGACCUGGUCAACAAGUCGGAUGAGAACCACACGGACGCCAAGGCCGAGCAUCAGCUCACCAGAGAACAAGUUCAGGAGGCCAUCGGCAAGGUGGACGGGCUCCAAGGCCAGGUUUCCGAGUACCAGCCCAAGAUUCUCGAGACGGUUCAGGAACUCACUGUGCUCCUGGCCCAGCAUUACGAGCACCUCAAGGCUUCUACCCUGGCAAUCCAGGAGCGAGUGGAGCACCCCUUGCUGCCGCCGCCGCCGGAGAAAUACGACGAUACGGCUGUGAUCGAGAGACUGGACAAGCUUGUUGGCCACACCGAAGUGGCCGACAGAGCUUUUGGGCAGCUCGAGACCCUCGACAAGGUCCACGCCCAAGUCAAAGCCACUGCGGCGGAGCUGGCUGCCUUCCUCGCCGCCCAGACCCAGCGCAUCGCCGACGAACACGAGGAUCGCGAAAAGACUCUGCAAGAAACCACCAUCGCCCUUGAGCGUCGGCGAGAGGAGAAGGAGCAGCUCGAAGCGCACAUUGCCAGCCUCAGGGAGGAGGAAGCUCGUCUGAAAGAAGCCAUCACUGUCACCCUCCCCGAAGAGCAAAGCAAAAUCAACGAGCAAUUUCUCGCGAACCUCCAAGCUGAGGAAGCUAGAAUCAAGGAGGCCACUGCUACUCUACUUGAGGAACAGGCUCAACUCAAGGAAACCUUCCUCGCCGUGCUCAAGGAGGAGCAAGCGCCACGGCUGAUGGAGACCAAUGUCGCGCUAAAGGAGGAGCACGACAAGCUGAAGGAGACCUUCCUCACCAACCUCAAAGAGGAGCAGGCACGGCUAAUGGAAACCAAUGUUGCGCUGAAGGAGGAGCACGACAAGCUGAAGGAGACAUUCUUCGCAAACCUCCGCGACGAAGAAUCGCGCUUGAAGGAGAUGAACGAUGCUCUGCGAGACGAGCAGCAGGUCCUGAAGGACACGUUCCUGGCUAACCUCCGCGAAGAAGAGUCACUCUUGAAGGAGGUAAAUGCCGGCCUCCGAGAGGAACAAGAGCGCCUCAAGGAGACGUUCUUGGCCAACCUGAAGGAGGAAGAGCAGCGGCUUCGGGCGACCAACGAUGCACUGAGGCAAGAGCAAGAGCAAAUCAAAGCCACGCUCAAGGAGGAGCAAGAACAAAUUAAAGCUGCGCUCCGCGAAGAAGAGUCGCUCUUGAAGGAGCGGUUCAAGAUCGAGCUCCUUGCCAACCUGAUAGAAGAGGAAGCCCGGUUGAAGGAGGCCAACGCGUCCCUGCGCGAAGAGCAGGAGCAAAUGCGCAUCAGCUUCCUCGCGACCCUCCAGGAGGAAGAAUCGCGGCUCAAAGACAGCCUACGCUCGCUGCGCGCUGAACAAGACAACCUGGGUCGCCAGAAGAGCCGGUUGGUUGCCGAUCUCUCAUCCCUCGACACGGCCCUCCGCCUCCGGCGCGAGGAACUCCACGACAUGGAAGCGCGCGCCGAAAGCCUCGAGCGCCGCAUUCUCGAGGGCGUCAUAGACCACUCCCGCGUGCUGCUCAUGGCCAAGACGAACCGCGCCGCGGCCGCCGCCAACAGCGGGCGUGACCCGAUGAGCAGGAAGCGCGUGUCGUCGUCGGCCCACAAGUCUGCCGCCGAGACUGCUGCUGCGACAACAGCCGCCAGCGACCACGCCAUGAGCAAGCCCCGCAGCGCCAUCAACCUGGCCAUGUCGGCGCGCAGCAGGGCCAACAACACCCCCAACGGCGGCACCCACUCCUCCGCCUCCCCGUCUUCGUCGUCGUCCUCCUCGCGUCGGAUCCUGUCCCUCAGCCAGAUCACCAACAACAUCCCGUCGGGCGGCAUGAAGCGCAGCCAGAGCGUUAGGACCGCCGGCGGCGCCGCCGGUGCCCGGGGUCUGCGGAAGAGCAGCUGGGCGCCCCCGCCGGCCGCGGCCUCGCUGAAGGGGUACGGUGACCUCGGCGGCAGCAGCAGCGGCAGCGGGCUGGGCGACGACAAGGAGAACUUGGACGUGGACCUGGGCCUGGACCUGCGCGAGCGCGACGAGGACGCCUACCACGAGCGCGAGCGCGAGGUCGCUGGCGACGACAACGCUGUGCCGCCGCCGCCGGCGCCGGUGGAGAUCGUCGUCUCGGACGCGGCCGAAUCGGCUGCUGACUCCCCCGCGCCGCCAUCGGACGUCGAUGGCGCUGGUGCCUCACCGGCGGCUGGAGACGAGGCACGUGGCGAGCACGGUGCCGAGGAGGACCGCUUCAGCGAGUUUGGCGAGCGAGAGGUGGAAGGGGAAGAGGAGGAGGCACGCGAUGACGAUGAUAAUGGUGCUGGUGACGGCGACGAUGCGCGGAGCCUCAGGCGGGCGAGCCACGGUACGACCGUGAUCACGCCCGCGGCGGACGAUGGGGAGCAGCGGGAGGAGGAGUGGUCGGAGCACGAGGGCGGCGAGCCGGAGGAGGGUGCGGGCGAGAUGGAUGAUGCGGCCAGCGACUGGACGGAGAAUGAGGUGGGGCGGGAGAGCGAUGUCGGCUUGGCAGAGAGAGAGGGGAGCGUCCCUGUUGCUGCGGCCAGCUGA